CCUCCCUUCUCCUGGCACCUGACUUCCCAGCCGGCUGACGUGGGUGCCUGGUGUGCUGGGCGGGAGGCUGGGGUGGCUCUGACCCUCCAGACCUGCCAUGAGAUUCUGGGCCACCAUCUGGGGUGGUGAGCUUUAGUGGCUCCCGGCCCUUCCACUUCCUGACCUGAAGACCAUGGAGUCCAACCUGCAGGGAACGUUCCUACUAAACAACACACCGCUGGCCCAGUUCUCGGAGAUGAAGGCCCCUGUGUGCCAGUACUCAGUGCAGAACUCCUUCUACAAGCUCAGCCCUCCCGGGCUCGGCCCCCAGCUGGCUGCGGGGACACCCCACGGGAUCACUGACAUCCUGAGCAGGCCGGUAGCCACUCCGAACAGCAGCCUUCUCUCUGGCUACCCCCACGUGGCAGGCUUUGGCGGACUCAGCUCCCAGGGGGUCUACUAUGGCCCCCAGGUGGGGAGUUUUUCCAAGGCUGGGAACGAGUACCCCACCCGGACCCGGAACUGUUGGGCAGACACAGGCCAGGACUGGCGAGCCGGAGGACGGCCGUGCGGCAACACUCCAGAUCCCCUAAGUGACAACAUCCAUAAGAAAAAGCACACCCGGCCUACCUUCACAGGCCACCAGAUAUUUGCUCUGGAGAAAACCUUCGAGCAGACCAAGUACUUGGCCGGCCCUGAGAGGGCAAGGCUGGCAUAUUCAUUGGGCAUGACUGAGUCACAGGUCAAGGUGUGGUUCCAGAACCGGAGGACCAAGUGGAGGAAGAAGAGCGCCCUGGAGCCCUCGUCCUCCACGCCCCGGGCCCCGGGUGGCGCGGGCGGCGACCGCGCGGCCUCGGAGAACGAGGACGACGAGUACAACAAGCCGCUGGACCCCGACUCCGACGACGAGAAGAUUCGCCUGCUGCUGCGCAAGCACCGCGCCGCCUUCUCGGUGCUUGGCCUGGGCGCGCACAGCGUCUGACCCCCGCCCGCCGGCCCCGCC